UGUCAAGAAGGGUGGAGUGAAGGGAAGGGAAGGCUGUGAAAAGCUUCUCGUCUCAUCCUGAACUGGAUUCACUCACACCAAAGACACCAGCAGCAGCACAAGGUUACAGCUAAACAGAUACAGAAAUGACUUCAGGAGCGCAAGACCCUCCGCCCUACGCCGUACCGGUGGACGAGCAAGGUGAUAACGUGAGGGUGUACAAGGUGCACACGCCAUUCGACCCAACGUCUGCCGCUUCCGCUAAUCCAGAUCACAGAGUGAAGACCCAAACCACGACAGUUUACACGACGUCCACUGACAGGAACAGGUUUGUGAAUUAUGAGUCGGAGCUCGGACGCUCUCCCGGCAUGGUCACCUGCCCCAGCUGCCAAGAGCAAGUGCUCACCCAGGUCACAUAUAAAGUGGGAACAUACGCCUGGCUCAUGUGCAUCCUCUUCAUCCUGUGCGGGUUUAUAAUCGGUUGCUGCCUCCUGCCGUUCUUCCUCAAGUUCUUCAAAGACGUCCAGCACUCCUGCCCCAAGUGUCACCGUGUUCUACACGUGGAGAAGAAGAAAUGUUGCUGACCCCGGCCAAACGCUCACGCCAUUGCUGAAGAAAAAAACAGAACACAACCCACUCCAAACCUCCCAACAUCAUCUAGUUGACGUGAUUACGUUUGAACACGAGAUUAGCUGAUGGACACUACGGCACACUUUAGAACACUCAAUGUAUUAUCCUUAUUUGAAUUUUGUAAUAUACUCCUGCAAAACACAACCUCUGUAUUUUUAGCAACCUGUCACUUUUUUCUUACUUCAGACGUUUCUAAAUUCAGAGGUUUUGAUUUACAUGUUCUGCGUUUUGCGAUCGAGAAGUUCGCGGUUUUGCUGCGUUCAGUGUUCUUGUCUGGCGCUGAACAAGCGCAAAAACGUGUCCCAAACCCGAGAUUUCAACAACGUCAUCAAAAUUGUUUAUCGUGUCAUGAUUAAAAGUCAAGAAAAAAAAAUCUUUUUUUUGCUAUUUUCUCACCGAUUUAUCAACCUAAAUUCCUCCACUCAAUACAUAUAAAAGUCUUUAAAUCCUAAGAAAGCUCACCUGACAAGAUUGCUAUCGCAUGUCUGUAAAUAGAAUUAUUCUUCCCCGCUAAUGCUAAUCACUGAGCUCACAUGUGCUCUCCUGCCAGCAUUUCCACGAAGUUAUUCUUAUAAAAUGUUAAUGUUCAUUAAAAAUGCUAACCUAAAUAAACUAGCUUGAGAGACAGGACGAAGAGGAAUUUUAAAUUAUAUUCACCAUUACUCUUCCCUGCUAAUGAUAGCUAGCCUGCUAAAAUGAGGAAACCUGACAAUUUCUGAGAGGAUUUUUGAAAAAUUCUUGCUAAUUAGCUCACAUCAGCUAACCUGACAGGAUUUCUCAAGCAAAUUGAUUAUUCUUCUUGACUGCUUGCGCUUGCACGCUAAACUGAGAAAAUGAGGAUUGUUAAGUCAUAAAAAUUCAUCAUCUUCCCUGAAAAUCCUCAGAGCGAGCAUCCACAAGCUAAUCUAACACCACAUCUGUGGAUUUCCAAGUCAUAUUUUGAAACUUGCACAAUUAUUUAGCUAACGUGGGCUCACAUGAAAAGAUGACUGGAAGGAUUUUAAAGUCAUAUUCAUAAAUCAUUUUUCAUCACUCCUCACGCAUGCUUGUGAGCUAGCUAGCUAACAUGAGCUAAACUGACAGGAUUUCCAAGUCAUAAAUGUUUUUAAUCUUCACUGCUAAUGCAAUCUAGCCUGCAAACAUGAGCUAACUUGACAGAACUGAGAGGAUUUUAAGACAAAUUGAUAAAAGAUUCAUUUGCUUUCAAGAGCAACACCACAUACAUUCUUAAAUGAUGACUUUUCUUAAAAUGGCUGAUGUUAUUUCGGCAGAAACUCUAGCGUUUGGGAUAAAGCUGUGGUCUGGAUUGAAAUAUGCUAAUCUCCAGCCGCGGGUUUAAGUUCCUCUGGACUUCAUGUACAGAUGAACCUGGUGUUUUAUCUAAAGGAAAAAAACGUGGAGUGCAUACAGCGUUCAGAAAGACAACCGAGAAUGACUCACGCCAUAGCUACUAUCAUAUACUACGGAAUUUGAGGCUGUCUCAGGGAAAAUCGGGUGCGGCUAUUUUCGGGCUCUGUAAGCGUUAUGGAAAUGAUUUUGUGCAAAACCUUCCGUCAUUAUGAAGCACAAAACUACCGGUACCAGCCGGUUCUCAAUCACAUACCAAUUGAAUUAGACUUGAUUAAUAAUGUCAAACAAGUCCACAGGAAACCCACGUGCUUUGUACAGAAUUGUCCAUAAAUCUGAAAUAUUUUGAAAUGUCUAUUUUUAUUGCAGUGUAGAACUCUGUUCCAGAUGUGUACAUCUAAGUAAUUGAGAACUGCUGCCUCGUCAUUAAAAUACAUAAUUUUAUGAACUGAAA